AUGUUGCUGUUUAGGGCUGGCAAGGAAAUCCUUAUCAAAGCUGUGGCUCAGGCUAUACCCACAUACUCUAUGAGUGUAUUCCAAAUCCCUUUGAAAUUAUGCUUUGAACUUGAAGCGUUGUGUGCAAGAUUUUGGUGGGGUCAAAUUGGCAAUGAACGAAAAAUUCAUUGGAAGAGUUGGGAUAAGCUAACGGCUCCAAAGAAAGAGGGUGGAAUGGGGUUUAGAGAUUUGAGAGCCUUCAACUUGGCUAUGUUGGCCAAGCAAGGGUGGAGGUUGGUUCAAGGCAUUGAUUCGCUGCUUUAUCGGUGCUUUAAGGCAAGGUACUUUCCAAGAUCAUCAUUUCUAGAGGCUAAAGAAUCCCCUAAUUGUUCAUAUGUGUGGUGGAGUUUGAUGGCAGCACAACCAAUUCUUCAAGCAAGUCAUUGUUGGAGGGUUGGGAAUGGAUAUUCAAUCAAUGCUGUGAAGGAUAGAUGGCUGCCAAACUUCCCAACAAAUAAAGUCCUUAAUUCGGUCUAG